AUGGCCGACGAGCAACCCCCCGUGCCCGCCAACGCCGAGGACCGCAAGGCCGCCUCCGCCCUCGCCAACCUCGACGACUCCCACGACGACGCGGGCUCCUCUUCCUCCUCGGCCGCCCCCGUCGACCUGGCCGCCCUCAACAAGGCCACCAAGGGCAGCAGCAACGUCUCUGCUUCUGCCGCGUCUGCCGCUGCCUACAAGAACGUCAAGGUCGACGCCGCCGACGUUGCGCUCCUCGUCGAGGAGCUCGAGCUGCCCAAGCCAAAGGCCACGGAGCUGCUGAAGCGUCACGAGGGCGAUGCCGUCAAGGCGAUGCGCGCAUACGUCGCUGCCGCGUAG